UCCUCAGCGACUCUCCAUUCCUCCAUCUCUUGCCGCGUCCGAAAAGGAACGCGGCAACUCUGCCGCCGCCGGUACUAUCACCACCAUCACCACCAAAAAUGAAGAUUUCCUGGCCAUGGAUGCUGCUAAUAUUUGUAUAUUUCUUAUUUAACAUUGCUAAUGCCCAAAUAAACAAUGACUACGAUUCAACUCCUGCAGCUCCACCACCCGCCUUGGAUGCUUGCAACGGAGUCUUUCUUUCUUAUACUUUUACUUCUCGUGAAAAAGAAUAUCCGCACGUAAAGAACGCGUCAGCACAAGCAUGGGCAUUCAAGGCUACGGCAACAAUAAUUAAUACAGGACAAUAUCGAGUAGAGAAUUGGCAAAUGCAUGUUGGUUUUCAACAUCAAGAAAUCUUGGUUUCAGCUUCUGGAGGAAUCCUUGUUGAUGCUACUGAUUUUCCUGUUGAUGUUAGUAAUGGAACAACCUUUGCUGGAGAUUCACGGGCUGACUUGAAGACAUCCAUCGAGACCGCUGCAGAUUUCUCACAGAUUGCUGCGCAGAUUGAUAUCACCGGCACGCAGUUUGGAGUGAAACCUCCUGGCGUACCAAUGCCAAAGGAUAUCAAGCUUGUUAAUGAUGGUUAUAAGUGCCCCGCAGCCACUAGGCAAGGAAAAACCUAUAUGCAUGUAUGUUGUAAGAGGGAUCCGAAGUUGAAGGCAAAACUAUUGAAAAAGGUCAAAUUCAUGCCUCUUCAAUAUGGUGAUCUCUCCUUCACGUAUGAUGUGCUUCAAGCCUAUGGAAACAACUAUCUUGCCCAAGUUACUAUGGACAAUAUCCAUCCAUUAGGCCGUCUUGAUCACUGGAACUUGACUUGGGAAUGGCAGAAUGAUGAGUUUAUUUCCUCCAUUAGAGGAGCCUAUGCUCGUUCAAGAGACUCUUCUCAAUGCGUUUACGGCCCUGCUGGAAAGUAUUACGCAGAUUUUGACUUCUCUCAAGUUGUGACCUGUGAUAAAAGUCCGAUCAUCUCUGAUCUUCCUCAAGAAAAGGCUAAUGACACAAAACUUGGCAAGUUGCCUUAUUGUUGUAGAAAUGGUACCCUUUUGCCUACUGUGAUGGAUGAAAACAAAGCAAGAAGCAUUUUCCAAUUACAAGUGUACAAGAUGCCUCCCGACUUGAACAGAACCGCCCUUGUUCCUCCACGAAAAUGGAAGAUUGUGGGAGUUCUUAAUCCUCAGUAUAAAUGUGGAAACCCUAUCAGGGUAGAUCCCUCAGAUUUUCCUGAUCGUGAUGGACUUCAGGCUACAAGUAGUGCUGUUGCUAGUUGGCAAAUAGUAUGCAAUAUUACCCGUCCAAAGGAAAAGCAGUCAAGAUGUUGUGUUUCUUUCUCUGCUUACUACAAUGAAUCUAUCAUUCCCUGCAACACCUGUGCUUGUGGCUGCAAUGAUAAUAAGCAGUGCAGCGCAACAGCAAGCGCAAUGCUUCUACCCCCAGAAGCUCUUCUCGUGCCUUUCGCCAAUAGGACGGAGAAGGCAAUGGCAUGGGCUAAACUCAAGCACUACAAAGUUCCAAAGCCAAGGCCUUGUCCUGAUAAUUGUCCGGUUAGUAUAAACUGGCACAUUAACACAGAUUACAAGACCGGAUGGACUGCUCGGAUUACACUUUUCAACUGGGAUGAUGCUCCUUUCCAAGAUUGGUUUACCGCAAUCCAAAUGGACAAGGCGUAUCCUGGGUACGAAAAUAUCUACUCUUUUAAUGGAACAAAACUUGAUAAUCUCAACAACACCAUCUUCAUUCAAGGUUUAACGGGUUUGAAUUACUUGAUGGGAGAAGUGAAUGGGACUAAAGGAAAUCCAAGAGUGCCUGGAAAGCAGCAAUCUGUGAUUUCAUUCACCAAGAAGCAGACUCCAGGCAUUAACAUACCUCGUGGCGAUGGAUUCCCCAAGAGAGUGUUGUUCAAUGGAGAAGAAUGCGCACUGCCUGCUAGAAUUCCGCUGCAGAGCGGAGGAAAUAAAUCCCAUGUCAACUUGUUCAUAGUCGUCUUAAUUUCAAUCAUGUCUUUGGUGCUAAUGAAAGAUCUUUGCUGGUAAUUGUUCAGGGAGUAAUAGAGCAAAAGAAAAUUGUGGUCAUGUUUGUAGGAAAUUAGCUAAUUAUUUGGUAAGAAUUACAUAACGUUUAAUUCUUCGAUUCA